UGUGUGCGCUGAAAUGUUGUGCUACAUCACUGCCUCACAUAUUGAUCCCACUGCUUCAGAUUACGAAUCACAUCAUCCAUUGCCACCACCGCAUCAAACGUCUGAAUCUUACUCAGAAAUCUCCAAGCCAGUUCCAGUGCAAGUUAUAGAAAAGAUACCACUUGCAAUACCACAUCCUGUACCCGUGCAAGUGCCUAAUGUUAUACGUAUACAAAUACCGGAGCCAUAUGCGGUACAUGUUCCUGUGCAACAGGAGAUACAGGUGCCAAGCUUUCGUGUAGUACCCGAAAUUACUGAGCGACGUAUACCUUACACCGUUGAGAAACCGUAUCCAGUUGAAGUUGAGCGGCCAUAUCCCGUUGAGGUGAUUAAAGAAAUAAAAAUUCCAGUUCCAAAACCUUAUCCGGUACCCGUUACAAUUUAUCGACAUGUUGUGCAGAAGGAUCAUGGCUGGGAUUAA